AUGCACAGAUUGCAGGACUCCUUCAAAGACUUCGCCAUGCAGACGACUUCGAAGACGAAGUCGUGCCUCAGCCUGUCACCACCAGAAAUCAGGGACAUGUGGAGCCGAGGAUGCAGCGAGGCGGCUCACUAUGGAACGUACAUGCACUAUCUCUUCGAGGCUUACUUGAAUGGGUACGAAGUGCCGAGCAGUUCGCCGGAGUUUCGCAUGUUUCAGUCUUUCCUGUCCACGAUCGACCGGGACGCAACUGUGUGGCGAACUGAGUGGGUGGUUUACGGCGAGGACGAGAACAUCGCAGGGUCCAUCGAUUUUUGUGCGAGGCUGGCCGAUGGUAGCCUCAUGCUUGCAGAUUGGAAGCGCGCAUCUGGACUUCGCAAUAAGUUUGGCUCGCGGCAACAAAUGCUGCCUCCUCUCCAGCACCUUCCUGAUUGCACUGGAAUGCGCUACAGACUGCAACUCAAUGCAUACAGGUACAUUGUAGAGAAGUACUAUGGUUUUCAGGUUUCGAGGAUGUGCAUUGUGUGCUGUCAUCCGGAACACGGCGCAACGCCAUUGGUGGAUGAGGUGGGACGGUUUGAAACCGAAACCGAAGCCAUGAUGGCCAUGUGGCGGGAUGCAAGAGGUGGCGCUGCUGCGUCUCCGCUUCCAGGGAGGCUGGAAACCAGGUUGGAGGUGUGGGAAGGAACCCAGCGCCAGCAUGCAAGUUUCUUCGCUGAGUUUCCGAACGGCAUCAAGAUUCUUCCCCACCCAAGUGAGUGUCAGAGUGACAGCAAGCGAAUCUGGGAGAAGAAGAUGUACAUCAGCCGCAAUUUGCUUGCUAUGCUGAUUGAUGACUACUACAACAAAACCUAUAUCGUCUACCUCUACAUCUGCAACUUAAUGAGACAUCAUCCCGCACAGUGUCGACUGUUCGAGACUGCAAUCCCACAUCCUGCAACUGCCAGUAUGGAUUCAAGAAGGUGGCUUGGUGCCGUCAUUGAUUUCCUGGUGGUUCAUUUUCCUCCACACCUUUACGCGAGCUUGCGGUGUCGGAAAGAUGUUCGAGGUGGGUCGCAAGAAUCAAUCAUGCCUCCUGUUGGUGUUGACCCUGAGAGAGACGCAACGAUGGAGCCAGUAGAGGUCCAGGUUCCUGAUGCGAAUGACCAGCCAGAGCGGCUCACGGGCUUGUCGCAGGAGUUGGAAGGCUUCAUAGACGAAGCUCAGCAUUCGGAGCAUCUGGAAAGGGCACGAAAACGGCGAACUCUGCCAGGCGCUGCUACGACUGCACAAGACUUCGAGCUGGAGCUGAGCAGAUACAACACUGCUUGUGACACCUCCCUUGACGGAGCAGUGCAGUUCUCUGCUUCUGGUGAAGCGACAACUCUGCAAAGAGUUGAGGGUUUGAAGCGCUGGGUGUUGCAACGUAUGCCGAAUCUGGAUGACGACAUGCUCCGUCUUGCGGUGGGGGCUCUGUCAGUGUACAGGCUGCGUUUGUGGGAUAUGCACAUACGAGAGCAUGUCCUGCUUCUUUGGAUUGUCGAGGGAGGUGAGCACAUGAGGUGCCAUGGUGGCAACCUGUAUUUCUAUCAGCACGGGGCUUUCACAGUCCACAGAGGGUUGGACAAUGACCAGCAAGUUCUAGACGAGCUUUCGACAUUGCUGUCGCAGAGAAACAAUUCCCGGGAGCUGAUGCAAGACUGCGAGACUGCAGCCUUGCGUGGAAAGCGCUUGCAGAACAAACGAGCACGUUCUGCUGUGCUACAGGAUCAGGAAGCAGCACACGAUGCUCCAUCUGCUGCAGACGAGUCCGGAUCGAACGCAUUGGCAGAUGACCUCUCCAAGAUAGGGUUGGCAAUGCAAAGGCAGCUUCUCGAAGACCGAAUUUUCAAUCUGGUGGUAGAGUGGUGCGACACGCCGCAGGUGCGUGCAGCAGGAUGCUCGUACCAGGAUUGUGCAGUCAUGUACGACCUGAAGUCAGACCAGCCCAUUACGAUGGUUGGUGACAGUCCGAACAACAAUCUGUACUUGCACAUCGCACACCCCCUCCUACAGCCUCGACUUGCAGACCCUGUGCUAAAAAAUGCAGAGGAAAGACUUCUCAAGUUCUAUGCGCAAACAUUCUGGCUCAACAACGACGCAGCUCUGCGAAUUAGUGUCUUCGCCUGCAACCAAGCCGCAAUCGCCCUGGCCAAGCGCGGCGAAAACAUCGUGAGUGUGGGGCAGUCUCUCUACAGUGCUCACCUUGAUGCGGUCUACUCUCCGAAUCACAAGUUCAUAGACCCGAACAUAUGGUUCAUCGAGGAGUCUAUUAUCUGUGAUGUGUACCCCGAUGCCAAUCUGGAUGGCUACUUCUCUAAGGAUGACACGUUGAAGGAUUUCCUCAGAUCCGGCCCCGCAGUUGCAGCUGCUUUGCGUGUUCAGCAUGGCUUCGAGACGUUGCACAGUCGACAGCAGUGUGUGGACAAGAUUGAGAACUAUGCCAACCAGCCCUUCACGGAAGAUCGCGUCAGAUCGGCAUGUGGCUUGCCGAAGAAGGUUCGCUCAGGGGAGAGUGAUGCUCAUCUGCGAGUACCAGUGGAUCCACCGAGUCAAGAGGACGAUGAAGACAAGAAGACAUCAGAAGUUGAGUUUCUAUCGCCGAUCGCGGAGCUUGUCAAGUCGCACUGCCUUCAGAACAGUAAGAGUGUGAUGACCAAGACCAUGUUUGUUGGUUACCUGCGCCUGCCUCCUGAGCAUCCGAAAGAGCUCAGCAAGGAUGCGAUUUGGCAAAAGCUUCUGGAUCAUAGACUUCUUAUUCCCGCCAAAGACACUGCCAAAUACAAGGACUCCGUUAUACCUUUCAUCGCGUGCACAAACUCUUUGGGCGGCAUUGUCAACCUGGCUGUCGCUUCGGACACGACGGAGCAUCGCGAAGUUCAUGAUAUUUCAGCCUUGAUGAAUUAUGCGCAUGGUUGCGGAGAUCGCGAGGCGAACGCUGCACUGGUGAUUGCUUACUUGGACAGCCAGAUCAAUUCUGGAAAGGGCGUGGGCAAGGGCCACAAACUACCCGAGGCACUUGAGAAAAUGAAAGAUCUUCGCAGUAAGUUGUCGGCAGCAGAGGAACUGCUGUCUCGUAUAUGCGAGAAAGCAAGCUCAUCCUUGCCGCGGGAAAGCAAGUCGAAUCGCCCAGAUGUGGGUGGGCGUCCCAAACGACGCAGGACACGCAAGCAAGCCCAAGGCAAGGAAGAGCCUGAAGCGGCGGAGACUGAGCCUGGUGAGCUCCCUGAACCACCUACGUUCCUCCAAGAGAGAAAAUUUAUCUAUGACAGAAACUUCCAGAACAUGAUCCGCACCCGAGCGUAUGUUCAGGGCGACGGAGCUCAGAAGUUUUCACGACGUAUGCUCCGGGUUCUGUGUCCUCAGACUGUGGACUUCGAUAUUCAGAACGCUGUGUUUGUCAUCCUUCAACAGCUGGUACAGAAGCUGGAUGUAUCAUCUUCCAUGCCACAGGCGUUGCUCGAUAUUCUUGCGGAUUGUGCCAAGAAGCGACAAGAAGUUUGCGAGAACAGGCUGAACUUGUCUGAGAAGAAAGGCAAGCAUUUGCUUCACGAACUACUGUUUGGGGGCAUACCGCCAGCAUGUUUAGCGCAAAACCAUUUCGUGAAGGACUUCCAACAGCUGUCCUUGUGCUUGCGAUGGUUUGCCUGCAGUCUGUUGCCAGAAACGUAUGCCGUGAUCAAGGAAAUGUCAGCCAAGAAGCAUCCGGAGGCUUCAGCUUUAUUCUACCUCUAUGCGGCUAUUGAGGACUAUAUUCUUCAGGCCUGGGAAGUCGCAGUCGUGAAGUUGAAGCCCAAGCACGUUUCCUUGCACUUUGACGGUCUACGUUGCAUGGGCAUGGAGACGGACAUGACUACAGAUCAGCUCUGCACGCAUUUUGCCGAGCACAUAAAAGCGGUUACAGGCUUCGACGUCGUCAUUGUUGAAAAGAAGCAUUUACUUUUCUCUGAAAUGUGCUUCGAGUCUGAGGACAAGACAGACAAGCUUGACUUCGACACUGUCCUGACGGCGCCUGGCAACUGUAUCUGCCUGGCACUUGCAAACCUCUUUCCGAGUCGCUUGGAUCAGGUCAAGAAGUGGGUGAGAGCGGCCACGUCCGAGAAUGCAGACGCCGAGCGCACGUGUUCCAGAUCAUACAAAAAGACAUUGCAGGGGCUCAAAGUUCAUGCUGUGCCAUCCAUGGAGCCUGUCUUUCAGAUUGGUGGCAACUACCUCAUCCAUAUGGAGAACGGAGGGCGUCCACAUUGCAUCUCUUGUGUGGUUCGUGCUGAGAAUGAUGUUGUCCUAGUGGACUCCCGGGGGCGAACGUACAGCACAGUGUCACAAGUCGCAAGCUUCGCAGAGACUUGCGUCGACUCCAAAUCCAUCGUGCUCUUCAGGCAGGAGCUGGGCAAGACGAGUGGACAUCUUGCUGGACUCAGCCGGCUGACUCUUCCCUUCAGGUCACCUAGACGGAUAAUGUUGCUGCAGGAGUCGUCCGACGAUGAAGGAGGAGAUCCCGAGGAAGAGCUCGACGAGUCCCUAGUCCAGGUAUCGGACACGCUCUUGCGUUCGAUGGAGCUUGAGGUAUCCCGUCAGCUGAAGACCACAUCCAGCGCCAAGAAGUGUCCGUUUUGCCCUUUCCGGACAUUUCAGAAGAACAGCCGGGUGCAGAGCCAUGUUCGGCGCUACCACGCCGUGGGACGGCAGUUCGUAUGUUCUGGGACAAAGCAACUGAAGAUAGUUGCUGCAUUGUUUGAUGACGAUCAGAUCUCCGGAAACCCCGGUGGUAAGUAUCUUGAGAG